GUGUCUCUGAGUGGUGUCAGUCCUGUGAGCUGCUGUUGGAGAGCACUGUGAUGCAAGUCAGGCUGGUAGCUCUUUGAAAGAGAACAUUGGUGAAGGACUGCAGGGCUGUUUUCUCAGAAACAGCCAUAGCCAGGUCAGCUGUAGGGGAUCCCUCUGCUGUUAUGAUGAGCUGGAACCAGUCUACUUAGCAGAGCAUUUCUUGGCCAGCUGGGGAGGAGCAUUUGGUGGCUUACUUGGUGCCUGGAUGACGAGUGGACAGUUCAGGCCAGUCCCUCAGAUUUUACUGGAAUUGCCUCCUGCUGAGCAGCAGAAACUCUACGAUGAAGCCAUUGUUAUUCUCAGGAGCUUAGACUGGACUGACGUUGCUCAGCUGACUGCUCUUGUAAUGGGAAAUGCUAGUCUCCAGCAGAAGCUGACAGGAGUGCUGAUAAAUUACCUCUCCAAAGAGCUAAGAGCAGAGAUACAGUAUGGAGAAUAAACCUUUCCAGAGCAGGCUUUUUAGUGUAAUGAAUUUUACUUUGACAGUUGCAUACUUCAACAUAACAAUUACUGGUUAUCUGUACUAAUUGCGAACAUAGGCCAAUUAAGUAUUGUUUUGGGGUUGAUGUCUGGGGUUUUGUUUUGUUUGUUUGUGUGUUGCUGGGAAGGGGUGUGUGUGUCAGGAUGAGAUUAAUGCACUAUCCUGCCACUGACUUGCUAUGUAAUGUUGAAUUAUUCUGCACUUGACUGAAUUCAAAAUCACUGCAGGGAAUUAGGCUUCCCUUACGUUAAUGUAUCACUAGUUAAAAUUUCCAGGUGACUGUUUUAUUUAGGGGAUAUAAUCAUGUUUAAGUGCUUUAACUGCCUUCUGUGAAUGCCAUAUAGGUGUUGCCAAAGUAGCUAGGGCACUUUGAAGAAUUUUACCUUGUUUUGUUUUUUUUUUUUACCUGAUUUAGUCCUUCAAAAGAGGAGUACAAGAAAGUACAUUACUGUGAACUCAAAGAUCUCCAAAGUACUCACUUUAGUCUUUGUUGCUUUUAAGCGGUAAUUCUUGAGUUAUUUAUUCCUUUCUGUAAGAAGUGAAUCCGAUGCCUAAACAAGAUUUAAGGCAACAGGUAAACUGUUCACAAUUAGUAAUUCCUGGUGUCCUAGAAUGAGAAAGCAUGGCAAGAUUACUCUGAGUUUAAAAUAGGGGAGUUAAAUCUGCAUUUUUUAUACUAUACCAGGAUUAGGGUUGCCAUUUCAGCCCUGGUUUCUUGACUGCCUCUGAACAGCUGGUCCUCUGUUUUCAUUAAAUUAUUCUUAAGAAGCA